GAUCAGAAACAUGUUACAUCAACAAAAAUUGCAAUAAAUAUACUUAAUAGAAACCUUUGUACAUACAGCAAUGAUUUUUGGUCAGCUAAUUGAAACAAUCUGUGAUAAUUAAAACUGGAAUAAGUAUAGGACCGAUAGGAGAUCAAAUGAACAGAAUAUUAAAAUUGUAAUAGGAGGCUAUGAAAAAUUAUUUUUUUGUGAAGUGCUUCUUACAUGCAUCUUUGAUUUUAAUGAGAAUGGAGUGCUUUGUCUGAAGAAACUCGUAGAUAAGACUAACAAAUUGCUGAUAUUCAUAUUGAUUCUACCAGUUCCAGUAUUAUUUAUACCCUUAAAAUACCUGUAAAAUAGAAAGCUAUCGGGAUUCUUCCAAAAUGAGUGCCAUAGUAGAAUCAGAAGGAAGUGAUUCCAGCGAAAAAGGAGUUAGAAAAUUUGUUGAUGAUUGGCUGAUUUAUAAUACAAUAUUAGGAGAGGGGGCUUUCGGGGAAGUAAGAUUAAUUGCAAAUAGAAAAACUAGGGAAAAAAUAGCCUGUAAAAUCAUGGAUGUUGCCAAAUAUAAAGGAAGUGAGAUGGCAAUUACUAGGGAAAUUAGGAUACAUUCUGUCCUUAAUCAUGAGAAUAUUAUAAGGUACUUUGGUUUACGGAAAGAACCAAAUAGAGUUUAUUUAUUUUUGGAAUAUGCUCCUGGAGGUGAACUGUUCCAGCAGAUUGAACCUGGAGUUGGAAUGCCUUCUCGGGAAGCACAAAAUUAUAUGAAACAAUUAGUUAAAGGUGUGUCUUAUUUACAUUCUAAAGGGAUCACACAUAGAGAUAUAAAACCUGAAAAUAUUCUGCUCUCACACAAUGGAAUAUUGAAAAUAUCUGAUUUUGGUAUGGCAACAUUAUUCAGGCACAAAGGAAAGGAAAGAAUGCUUGAUAAAAAAUGUGGUACUAAACCAUAUUUAGCUCCUGAAAUACUUGUUGGUCCUUACCACGCUGUACCAGCAGAUAUUUGGAGCUGCGGCUGUGUUCUAGUUGCUAUGUUAGCUGGAGAGUUGUUAUGGAACUGCCCACAUGAAGAUUAUCCUGAGUUUGCACAAUAUAAGGAGGGAAAUUAUUUAACAAGUAGUCCUUGGAAUAGACUUGGCAACACACCUCUCAGUUUAGUGACCAGGAUUUUAGAUAUCAAUCCUUUAAAGAGGAUUUCCUUAGAAAAGAUUCUCAAGCAUCCUUGGAUGACAUACAACUUCUCCUGCGAUCAACCUGACAGUUCUACAGAUAGUGGCUCUAAUGGUCUACACGCCAUAAGAAGAGCUUCAAUGAUGGAAGCGCCUACAGAUAGAGAAUCUCCUUAUGUCACACUAUCACAACCAAUUCUUCCAACAAGACCUGUUUGUUUGGAAGAUAUUGUUGAUAAGCAGGCGAGAACUAACAAAAAGAAAGAUAACAUCUGGUUCUCACAGCCUAUACAUAAUGAACAUCUCAUAAUUAGUUCGGAGUUACAGUUUACACAAACUCCUAUCACUAAAGACAAUUUCAGUGAUCUGAUUCAAAGGAUGACCAGGUUUUUCGUUACUACGCAGACUGAAGAAAAGACUGCAGAAUCUUUGUGUUCCGUGUUAGAUGCCCUUCAUUACACUUGGACUAUUGAUGGUUCGGGUGCGAUUUCCAUAUCGACAGUGGAUAACAUGAAGAAUCAGCUGGUUUUCAAAGUAACGAUUUUCAAGAUGGAAAAAAGAAUCUUGCUAGAUUUCAGACUGUCAAAGGGAUGCGGUCUCGAGUUUAAAAAGAAAUUCAUAAAACUCAAAGAUUGCCUCUCUCAUAUUGUUUGUAAAGUUUAAUUUUGUUCAGUUGUGGUUCCUGUGUUUUACGAUUUUGUUAAGAUUAGUUCGAUAUUAAAGUUUUUAAAUAGAGUUUCGAAAAAA